AGCGCCAAAGAGAUAGUUUAGAAGGCGCUUUCUGCCAGGGAAGGAGACGGCUCUCAGGAUUACAAAUCUUUGUCUGGCCGAGGUGUGCUUAAUUAUAGAGGAUGCUAAAGAGUAAACUUUGUGUUUGGCACGGAGCGGAACCGUUACUCAAAAGGCUCACAGCACAGCCUUCUGAAUUGGCUUGUAAGAAAUUACAGAACUACACCUAACAUGGACAACGCGUCAGUGUCUCUCUUCCGAAAUACAUUUGGCAACCAGAGCAUCAGUAACUUAAGCGGUACCAGUGAUGACCACUCUGGUGCCCUUAAUAUUUCCACUGGCAAACUCGUUCUGGAAAUCCUUAUGAUCCUCAUGGGACUGGGCGCUGUGGCAGGUAACAUUUUGGUAAUCAUAAUUGUUGCAGCCACAAAGAAUUUCCACUCUGUGACCUCCGUAUUAAUUAUUAACCUGGCUGUGAGUGACUGCCUUGUGGGAAUUGGGGUGAUGCCCUUUGUUGCAAUGACGGUGAUGUACGAUGGAUGGGUCCAGUACACUAACCUGUGUCUUUAUGUUGGAUACACAUCUUCUUUAUACUGCACAGCCUCCGUUUUGACCCUUGCAGCAAUUGCAUUGGAUCGCUACCAUGCUAUCAUAGACUGCUUACAUUACAGCUCCCAAAGCACUGUAUGGAGAACAGCAGCAGCUGUCAUAUGGAUAUGGCUUCAAGCUGCAAUAACUAGUUUUCCACCUUUACUCGGAUGGAGUAACGUGAGGUAUAUUCCACAAAUGUACAGCUGCUCGGUGGAAUGGUCUAACAGCCCAAGCUACACGGGGUUUAUGGCAGCCUUUUCCUUUUUGUUUCCUGCUUGUGUGAUGAUGUUCUGUUACAUAAAAAUAGUAAGAGUUGCCAGAAGUCACGCCAGAAGGAUACAUGAUAUGGAAAAUCACCUACAAAAAAUUGAACCACAUACAUCUGAAAUGGAGAACCCUAGUUUCUCUCAGCUGAUUUACUAUGUUAACUUAAAGCUGUUACCAGAAUACUAUCUGGAUGAUGCCUCUAGCAUUUCAGAUCAGUCCUGCCAUCUGCAUACUUUGAGUCCAGCGAAGAAGCACUCUUUUUCCAGACACAAUGCCCACAGCCGGGAGCAUCAUGGAGUAUUUCGACUCUUCCUUGUGAUAUCUGCCUUUUUUUGUUGCUGGAUGCCUUACAUUACUGUAGCACUUGUACAAGCAAUAGAAGCUGCCACAGCUCGGAAACCCACACAAAUCCCACCAAAUAUCAUCACUUUUGUAUAUUGGCUUGCUCUGUUCAACUCAGUCAUAAAUCCUCUUCUGUAUGCAUUACUUAGCAAACGUUUCCGGAAAGCACUCAGAAAUCUUCAUGAAAAGCUAUUAGCUAGGGUGACUGGUCAUGCAGGAGAGCAUGUGGGAUCUGAUCUGCCCAUUUCCAUGCCCACCAGGCAACGAACAGGUUCAAGCAUUACCACUGUUUCUCGGGACAGGUGCGGCAGCACCUCAGUAUUUUCUAUCGACUCUUUUACACCAUCUGGUGGCAGAGAACAUUUUCAUGACUACUUGCCAGGAAAUAUAACUAACCCAUCUUAUCCGUCUACACCAGAAAGAGGAAACUCUAAAGAACUGAGUGGUUACCCUGGACAGCUUUUGGAAGUACCUAAAAUAUCAAUGGAAAAUGAUAGACUUAUUGUUAAAGCAUCUGCAUGUGAAUCACAGUCAACUUUUGUAUUUGGGCCAAUAACAAUUAAAGUGGAAGAGGAGUCAUGAAUUAAGAAUUAACCAAACUAAUAAUCAUGGAGCACAGAGCAUUACUCAGCUUCACGUGGUAUUAAAGUGUAAAUAGAGAACUGCGGCGGCACGGUGGGUAGCAGUGCUACCUCACAGUUAGGAGACCC